AUGUCUAUUUACUUCAUUCUUUUUGUUUGCCUUCGUGUUCAUCUUAUUUCAUCUACAUGUACUCCUUCAGUCAGACAAUGUGGAUGUCAAACUGAACAACCAACUAUUUCGUUAUCGUCAAGAAUUGUCGGAGGUAUCCAAGCACGAAAACAUUCUUGGCCAUGGAUCGUCAGUAUUCGCCAACAUGAUCGAGUAAUCAGUGCCGGUACAAUGAUAUGUGCAGGAAGCUUAAUUAGUGAAAAAUAUAUUCUCACAGCUGCACAUUGUUUUUAUGAGAUAGAUCCGCUAUUAUUGAGCAAUUAUUUUGUUGUGAUUGGUGCACAUUAUCUCAACGAUACGAAUUCGAAACGUUUUCAGAUUCAAUCCGUAAAGAUCCAUGAAAACUAUGAUCACAAGUUAUUCACCAGUGAUAUUGCGUUACUCGAACUUUCCGAUAACGUUGAUUUCAGAAAUUCAAUAGUUGGUUUCAUUUGUCUACCACCAGUGAAGAGUCCAACAUAUCCAGCCGAAUCAAGUAUCGCUGUUGCGAUUGGAUGGGGACGUUUAGAUGAAAAUAGUUCGAUGUCAUAUACACUCCAACAAGUUCGUCUACCAAUUCUAUCGCACAAAGAUCACGUUUGUAGUCAACAAAUAAGCGAUAAUCUCGUGCACAUUUGUGCAGGAUUUAUUCAAGGUGGAAGAGAUACAUGUCAAGGCGACAGUGGAGGACCAUUGAUGAUCUUCGAUGAAACAAUGAGCACAUGGCAUAUUGCCGGGAUUACUUCGUAUGGAUAUGGAUGUGCUCAAGCAGAAAAUCCCGGUGUGUAUACACGAGUAAGCAUGUUUAUUGAUUGGAUUCAUGGGCAUAUGUCAUCUCAUUCCUCGAAAAUGCAAGUGACAAGCAACAUUCUGUUGAUCUUCCUCUUCUUUUUUUCUCAAAUGUAUACACGAGUAUAA